AGGUCCACCCACCGACAGUUGACUCCUUGGGUCGGAGGCCGUCUGAGGCAGAGGAGGAUCUGUACAAAAGGUAUGAACAAGAGCAGGCCAUGGUCCAAGAGGAGCUGCUCCGACUGGCUAAAAGGGAACGGGAUGCAGCCAGAGAGAGGCUGAACACUACCCUUCAGCAGGAAAGGAUCAGCACCAAUGAAGAAAGGCAGAAAACAGACCAGCUGUCCCAGGAACUGCAGCGGAAAGAAGAAGAGCUGAAACAGAGGGAUGACUUCUAUAAGGAGCAGUUGGCCCGCAUUGAGCAGAAGAAUGCUGACAUCUACAAGAUGACUUUGGAACAAUACCACGAGGCAAUCACCAAUGCUGAAGAUCAGGUCAGGCGGAGGAACACACAACCUGUAUGCGGAAACCUGCAAGCAGAGAUCCUGAAGUGUUACAGUGAAAACAAACACCAAGUGCUCAACUGCUCAGAGCUGGUCAAGGAGUAUCGGCGUUGUGUUAGCCUAGCACAAAAGGAACUGUUGGUCCAUUUUGAUUAAAACUGAGCUGCCAGCAAAAGUACAGAAG